CUCGGAGUUGUGCCUGUAGCUGUAGGAGAGCUGCGGUACUUCCGGCCGUUAUAGUGUCUGUGGUCGCCGGGAGACGAGCGGGUGAGCUGCUGGAGCAGGGACGGAGACUGCCAGAUUGUACUGGGGGGGAGCAGGAUAUUUUCCAACAACAUGACCACAGGGGAUGUGAAAGGAGUCCUCCGAAAACUGGAACAGAAACUAAGGUUACUGAAUUAUCCCAGGGAUGUCGACUACUCGGGGUUGGUGAAAGGAGACCCAGCGGCAUCGCUGCCAAUCAUCAGCUACACGUUCACUGCUUAUUCAACAUACAUUGCGGAGAUAUUAGUGUCCCUAGACAUCGAGCUUUCUGCGAAGAGCGACCUGAGAUUUAUUGACGCAGUUUACAAGGUUCUCCGAGAUGUCUUCCAUUACAAGCCUGUCUUAACAAAGCAGCAAUUUCUUCAGUGUGGAUUUUCAGAGAGGAGGAUGCAGACAGUUUGUGACAUCAUUGAUUGUGUAGUCAAGAAACACAAGGAAAUCGCAAAUCAAAGCAAGGCUAAAUUGCAGCCGGUUAGGAGAACGGCCCGUAUAAAAGAUAAGUGUGAAGCUUUUUAUCCCGAAGAGACUUGUGUGCAGCCAUCAGUAAAGCCUGAAAAGGAAAAUCCGAAAAAAAUAAUUGUGGAGCGUCAUACAGGUACCAACCUUCCCCCACCUACUCUGCCUGUAGCCAGUGGUCAAUUUGUGUCAUCAACAGAAGAAGAACUUUCUACGUCAGAUUCUGAAGCUGAGGAACCAUCUCUGAAUGAGGUGACAAAGGACACACAGAUAGAUUUACUAAAGGCCCAGCUUGCCGAAUGUCAAGAGAAACUUUCAAGGAUUGACUGGAUGGAGGACAGACUUCAGGAGCUGGAGACCAGUAUGAAAGGGAAAAUAAUCAUUGAUGAAACGGACUGGAAUAACCUUCUCAGCCGGGUUCUCCUCCUGGAAACAGAUCGCUUGUUGCACUCAAAAAAGAGAGACUUGAUAUCUGAGUUCACGUCUAUUAGUGAGGAGCGUACAUCAAGCAGAAUGACAAGUGAGUUACCGCCUGGUCUUCACAUCAAGGCAGAUGUCCCAGAAAACAAUCAUCAGUCGUCUGGAUACAGUUCUCUGCCGUCUGCAGAAUCCUCUCCUGCAGCUAUUGACUUGAAUUAUAGCAACUCGACAGAAAAUUCCCAGGAGAGCACAAAACAAAGAAUGGACAGAUUAACGAAAAUGUUGGAAGAGACCUCCAAACUUCUGAAGUUCUCGAAUAGCUCCUAGCAUUGUGGACUUUUUUUUAUUCUUGGAUGAUGUACAUGCUUUUUUGUUUGGAAAUAUGUAAAAUAAAGUAUUUUUCUAAGUAGUAA